CGGAAGCAGGAAGCAAAGUGUCCUCCCAGGGACUUGAAAAAUAUGCCCUCGCAAGAAGGGAAGACUCUCCUACCCCGUUCCUCCAAGGGAGGCGCUUCCAAAACUCUCGGCCGGAUCAGAAGCGGGGCUGCCGGCAAGGGCGAAAGGGGUCAGGAUUCUCCUGAAGUAGCAGUCAAGCUGGGGCCGGAUAAGGACUCAUGUGACGCUUUCUCGGCGAUAAACUCAGAAUGCAGAACAGUGUUGGUGUCUCAAUCCAGAAGGAGGAAAAGCAAAAGGGAGAAAAGGAGUGCCACAAAAAUCUCUCAGGAAGCAGUGGCCUUUGAGGAUGUGGCUGUCUAUUUCACAGCGGAGGAGUGGGACCUGCUGGGUCCGAACCAAAAGUCACUGUACAGUGAGGUGAUGAUGGAAAACUACGAGAAUGUGUCCUAUCUCGCAGAUAACUGGAAGAAAACAAUAGCAUUUGCCCACUCUCAGAAAGAUUUUAUACACAAAUUGCAUCAACGAACCCACAAAGAAGAUGAACAUCAUACAAGAGCAGAGCCCUGUGAAAGCACCCUAUUUGGAAAAUGUUUUGCCCCGAAGAAGCUUAUUAAUUUGAAGAAGGAUUGUAACCUUGAAUUAUCUCAGGAAAGGUUAUCUAGCAAUUUGCAGCUAGUUAGCCACCAGAGAUUGAACAAGAGAGACAAGCCAUUCAGAUGUAAGAAGUGUGGAAAAUCCUUUCCUUGGAAAAACAGCCUUAUAGUCCACCGGAGAAUCCACGUAAAAGAGAAACCAUACAAAUGUAAUGAGUGUGGAAGAUGUUUUGCUCAGAAUUUACAUCUUGAGAUGCACUACAAAGCCCACACCAGAGGGAAAUCAUACAAAUGCCAGGCAUGUGGGAAAUGUUUUGCUCGCAGUUCACAGUUUGUGGCCCACCAAAGAGUCCAUACAGGAGAGAAACCCUACAAAUGUCAAGAGUGUGGAAAAUGUUUUGCUCAGCUUUCACACAUCUCAAAGCAUAGAAGAAUCCACUCAAGAAAGAUGCCAUACAUAUGCUGGAAAUGUGGGGAAACCUUUACUCACAAUUCACAGCUUGUGAAGCAUGAACGGCUCCAUUUGGAGGGAAAACCACACAAGUGCCAGGAGUGUGGGAAAUGUUUUUGGAGCACAGCAGAAGUUUCAUUGCAUCAGAGGGUUCACACAGGAGAGAAACCAUACAAAUGCCCAGAUUGUGAAAAAAGUUUUUCUCACAGUUCACAGCUUGUGAGGCAUAAUAGAGUCCACACAGGAGAAAAACCAUACAAGUGCCAGAUCUGUGGGAAAUGUUUUGCUUACAAUUCACACCUUGUGAUGCAUCAGUCAGUCCACACAGGGGAGAAACCAUAUAAAUGCCAGGAGUGUGGGAAAUGCUUUGCUCAGAAUUCACAUCUGGUGAUGCAUCAAUCUGUCCACACAGGAUUAAAACCAUACAAAUGCCAGGAUUGUGAGAAAUGUUUUACACAGAGUUCACAACUUGUGCGGCACCAGUUAGUCCACACAGGAGAGAGACCUUACAGAUGUGAGGAAUGUGGGAAGUGUUUUGCUCAGAGUUCACUGCUUGUGAGGCAUAAUAGGGUCCACACAGGAGAGAAACCGUACAAAUGCCAAGAGUGUAAGAAAUGUUUCGCUCAGAAGUCAUAUCUUGCGAUUCAUAAGUCAGUUCACACAGGAGAAAAACCAUUCAGAUGCCCAAAGUGCGGGAAAUCUUUUGCUCAGAAUGCAUACCUUGUGAUGCAUCAAUUAGUCCACACAGGAGAGAAACCAUACAAAUGCGAAGAGUGUGGAAAAUGUUUUGCUCAGAGUUCACAUCUUGUGAGGCAUAAGAGAGUGCACACAGGGGAGAAACCAUACAAAUGUCAGGUUUGUGGGAAAUGCUUUGCAAAUAAUUCAAAUGUUAUGAUUCACCAGAGAGUUCACACAGGAGAGAAACCAUACCAAUGUCAGUAUUGCAGAAAGAGCUUCAGUAGGAGCGCAGCCCUUACAUUGCAUCAAAGAACUCACACAGGGGAGAAACCGUUUAAAUGCCUGGAAUGUGGAAAGAGCUUCAGUAGGAGCGCGGCCCUUACAUUGCAUCAAAGAACUCACACAGGGGAGAAACCGUUUAAAUGCCUGGAAUGUGGAAAGAGCUUCAGUCAAAGCACAAACCUUGCCUCCCACACGAGAAUCCACACAGGGGAGAAACCAUUUAAAUGCUUGGAAUGUGGAAAGAGUUUCAGUUGGAGCACAAGCCUUGCUUCCCAUAUGAGGAUCCACACAGGAGAGAAACCAUUUACAUGUUUGGAAUGUGGAACAACCUUCAGGCACAGUCCUUCCCUUGCUUCCCAUAUGAGGAUCCACAGAGAGGAGAGACCAUUUAAAUGCUUGGUAUGUGGAAAGAGCUUCAGUCGGAGCACAAACCUUGCCUCCCACAUGAGAAUCCACACAGGGGAGAAACCAUUUACAUGCUUGGAUUGUGGAAAAAGUUUCAGUCAGAGAGUACAUCUUCUUUCACAUAUGAAAAUCCACACAGGGGAGAAACAAUUUAACUGCUUGGAAUGUGGAAAGAGCUUCAGGCAAAGUGCAAACUUUGCUUCUCAUAUGAAAAUCCACAGAGGGGAGAAACCAUUUAAAUGCUUGGAUUGUGGAAAGAGCUUCAGUCAGAGCACAAACCUGGCUUCCCACAUGAGAAUCCAUACAGGGGAGAAACCAUUUAUGUGCUUGGAAUGUGGAACAAACUUUAGGCACAGUGCUUCCCUUGUUUCCCAUAUGAGAAUCCACAGAGGGGAGAAACCAUUUAAAUGCUUGGAGUGUGAAAAGAGCUUCAGUUGGAGCACAAGCCUUGCAUCUCACAUGAGAAUUCACACAGGGGAGAAGCCAUUUACAUGCUUGGAAUGUGGAAAGAGCUUCAGUCAGAACACACAUCUUGCUUUGCAUAUGAAAAUGCACACAGGGGAGAAACCAUUUAAAUGCCUGGAAUGUGGAAAGAGCUUCAGUCAGAGCACAAACUUUGCUUCUCAUAUGAGAAUCCACAGAGGAGAGAAACCAUUUAAAUGUUUGGAAUGCGGAAAGAGCUUUAGUCAGAGCGCACAUCUUGCUUCCCACAUGAGAACCCAUACAGGAGAGAAACCAUUUACCUGCUUGGAAUGUGGAAAGAGCUUUAGUCAGAGUGCACAUCUUGCUUCCCAUAUGAGAAUCCACAGAGGGGAGAAGCCAUUUACGUGCUUGGUAUGUGGAAAAAGUUUCAGUCAAAGUUCACAUCUUGCUUCCCACAUGAGAAUACACACUGGGGAGAAACCAUUUACGUGCUUGGAAUGUGGAAAGAGCUUCAGUCAGAGUCCGAGCCUUGCUUCCCAUAUGAGAAUCCACAGAGGGGAGAAACCACUUACACGUAUGAAAUGUGAAAAGAGCUUCAGUCAGAGUUCACAUUUGCUUCACAUAUGAAAAUCCAUAAGAAGAGAAGCUUUAUGAAUGUUUAGAAUUUUAAAAGUGAUGUAAUCGGAGCACAAGCUUCAAUCCUAUACAAGAACAUCAACAGGAGACAAACUGUUUAAAUACUUGGACUAUGGAAAGAACUGCAACGAGUCCAAACACCAUGCCUCACAUAUGAGAACCCCCUGGGGGAAAGACCAUUUAAGUGUCAGAAAAGGCUUGAGUCCCAGGCCUCAUAUCUUGCUUCCCAUCAAAGACAAAGACACAGAAGUGGGGUGAAACUGUGUAAGUGCUUGUAAUGUGAAAAGCCUUUAGAGAGAAAACACGCUUGACCUCACAUCAAAGAAUCCACAGAAAUGACAAUAUGCAGAACUCCCCCCCCCCACAGAGUGUACAUUUCUUUAAAAAUUCA